UAGGCACUAGGACCCAGCAGGUGCAGCACCAGCACCGUGUUAUUUCAGAGAUCUGCAGCCCGGUCCCGUCAGCAGAGCGCCGGGUCUGCAGCAGCGGCAGCAGCGUCCUCUGGACUCGGGACGUGGAGUGCGCGGUGGCUCCCCAUCCUGCACGGACAGGGGAGGGCAACAACCACAACUUAAACCUAACGCGUUUUUCUGGACUCGAAGAACGACACAGACCACUCCAUCGCCACACAAAUGUUCCUCUUCUUUCUUUUGUUUUGUUUUUAAUAAGUAAGAUACUUUAGAUAGACUAUGGCUUCAUCCGUGAGCGGCACAGAGGAGGUCCGGGUGUCGGCGUUGACGCCCCUGAAGUUGGUGGGACUGGUGUGCGUGUUUCUCGCCCUGUGCCUGGAUGUCGGGGCCCUGCUGAGCCAGGCGUGGGUGACAGCGGACGACCAGUACUACCUGUCCCUGUGGGUGUCCUGCUGGAAGCCCGUCAGCUCCGUGUCGUGGUCCUGCAACAGCACGCUGACCACCGACUGGCAGAUCGCCACGCUGGCCCUGCUGUUGGGGGGGGCGGCCCUCACCCUGCUCUCCUUCCUCGUGGCUCUGGUGUCCCUGUGCAUCGGCUCCAGGAGUCGCUGCUACAAGCCCGUGGCGGUCAUGCUCUUCACUGCAGUGGUUCUUCAGGUGUGCAGCUUGGUCCUGUUCCCCAUCAAGUUCAUAGAGUCGGUCAGUCUGAGGGUGUACCAUGAGUUCAACUGGGGCUACGGCCUGGCCUGGGGUUCCACCAUCUUCUCUUUCGGAGGAGCCAUCCUCUACUGCCUCAACCCCAAGAACUAUGAAGACUACUACUAAAAUAUGUGAGACAAGAAGAGAAACCCUGGACUCUCCCGUUUCACCCAGUGUCCUCUCAGUAAUAGGGAUGUUCUGUCUGUUACACAGUUCACAACCACAGACUAGAAAAAAAAUAGGAAAACAAAUGCUUAUUGUUAGUUUCAGGGCUGGAAACAAACUCUUACAUUUGAUACUGUGAACCUUAUUAUGUCAAAGACUAUCUAUUCUCACUCACUGGACCGAAGCCACAUGCUCUCAUAGCGGCAGCAGAGUUUUGGCAGCAAACCAGGCUAUGAAAAAGAGACCAGGCAGUUUAAUUUGGGAGAGAAUGCCACCAGUCAGAUAAGUCUGCGUCCCCUUUAAGUGGAACUCCGGUAGGUCUUAGAUUUGGACAGAAAAUCUGGAGGGAACAGAUGGAUCCACUGACCCCAUACCAGGAUGAACUGGUGGACUAAUUAGCCAAUCAGAGCAGAGAAGGCAAACAACUAUGUAAACCCGGGCCAAUCAGGAAAUUAACGGAUCCAGGGAGGAAAAUGUCCUAUUGAAGUGAUAUCCUGAGGAUGACAAAGUGAGUUACCCUGAGGCAAACAGGCCACACCAGAGGAAAUGCAACAUACUACAUUUCCACAGAGAUACACCACAUCUGGACCUUCUUCCUCCAGUAGAGUAGAUGUGUGAAAGCUCCAGUGGACUGGCUUUAUUUUCUCCUUUCCCCAUUUGAAUCUAUUAAAAGGGUGGUACUUGUAAUAAACACAAAUAAGACAGUAAAAACAUUCCACAGGCACCUUCCAAAUGAUAUCAUACUGGUGAGAGGAACAUGUACUGGUUAAUAAGUAGCACAGAGUCUGUCGCACGUAAACAGUGGUAAAACCUUCAGCCACUAAUGUAAACCUGCAGCAAGUUAUACCUGCUUUUUGAUAAAGUUGUUGUAUUAUAUGUAAGUAUGUGCAGUAAGCGUAAUAAAGUAAUAUUCAUUCCAAGCAGACCGGUGGGAAGGAAGAUGGCAAAUGACCAUGUCUGCUGAGUGUGCGCGCAUGUCUGCAUGAUCACCCGGCAUGUGCUCGCACACCUCCCCAUGUGAUGCCUCCUUAUCUUUCCACUCUGCAGGAAAUGCUCUCAGUAGAGUAGACAUCAUUAAGAAUGUUUUUUCCCCAACAUGGAGAGACUGUAGCACAACAAUCACUGUAGUUAUUGGAAAAAGCCACUUAGUUACUGCAUCUAAGUUAAACUCCAUGAUACAAUACUAGAGGAAAUGCCAGAUGUGCUGUGCAUGAGUAGUGUGAUGAAGACUGUGGGAUCGACCAAGUUGAAACCGGACAAUUUGAGACCUGAAGGAAGACGGUGUGGUCGUGAGAGGUGAGGUUUGUGCAGAUCUGCACUGAUCUGCUUUGGUUAAAAACUCAUUCAAGGUGGUCAGAAACUUCUCCAAUUCUUUCUUUUAGUGAAAGUGAGCGAGUGUGUGCAUGCCACUACCAUUUGCUGCUGUGUUUCUGAAGCCCACUGGUUUGAUUACUGACAUAAUAAACAUGUA